AUGGUCAAGGUUGGUAGAAUCAAGCUAGGUUCUCAAGGCUUGGAGGUCUCAGCACAAGGACUUGGGUGCAUGAGCAUGUCAGGUUUUUAUGGAGCCCCAAAACCCGAACCCGACAUGAUUGCCCUAAUCCAACAUGCUGUCCGGAGCGGUGUCACAUUUCUCGACACUUCUGAUGUCUAUGGCCCACACACCAAUGAAAUCCUUCUUGGAAAAGCUUUGAAGGGAGGCAUGAGGGAAAAUGUUGAAUUGGCCACCAAAUUUGGAACCAUCCUCGUCGGCGGCGACAAGGUAGAAGUUCGUGGGGAUCCACAAUACGUGAGAGCUGCUUGUGAAGAGAGCUUGAAGAGACUGCAAAUUCAUUGCAUUGAUCUCUAUUAUGUUCAUCGCAUUGACACUCGUCUACCCAUUGAACUUACGAUUGGAGAACUUAAGAAACUUGUUGAGGAGGGAAAAAUAAAAUACAUUGGCCUUUCUGAGGCCUCAGCUUCAACAAUCAGAAGAGCACAUGCUGUUCAUCCCAUAACAGCAGUCCAAGUUGAGUGGUCCUUAUGGUCAAGAGACGUUGAGGAAGAAAUAAUUCCAACUUGCAGGGAACUUGGUAUUGGAAUUGUUGCAUAUAGUCCUCUUGGACGAGGAUUCUUUUCAUCAGGAACCAAGUUAGUUGAAAACUUUACACAACACGAUGUUCGUCAGUACAUGUAUUUUACAUUAUUGCAGCAUUUUCCUAGAUUCCAACCAGAAAACCUGGAACAAAACAAGACUAUAUUUGAGAGGGUUAAUGAAAUGGCUACAAGAAAAGGAUGUACUCCAUCCCAGCUAGCAUUGGCAUGGGUUCACCACCAGGGAAAAAAUGUGUGCCCCAUACCCGGAACCACGAAAAUCGAGAACUUCAAUCAGAACAUCGGAGCAUUGUCGGUGAAGCUAACGCCGGAAGAAUUGGCCGAGCUGGAGUCUUUUGUGACCAGCGACGCCGUCAAGGGUGAUAGGUCCUAUGGGAUUGGAGUAACAACUUGGAAGGAAUCUGAUACUCCUUCACUUUCUUCUUGGAAAACUGCAUGA